CGGAAGUGAUGUUUUCAUUACCCAUCUGCCCCCUUUCGGGUUGUUUGUGGUUUGUUCUGCUAAAAACGCAUUUGUGUGAAUCCAUAACAGGUGUGGACAUUAAGGAGUCACUAUGGGUGAGAGAAAAGGAACAAACAAAUACUACCCUCCAGAUUUUGACCCGGCCAAGCAUGGGUCACUCAAUGGCUACCAUAAAACUCAUGCUCUCAGGGAGAGGGCCAGGAAACUGUCCCAGGGCAUCCUCAUUAUCAGGUUUGAGAUGCCCUACAACAUCUGGUGUGAUGGCUGCAAAAAUCACAUCGGCAUGGGGGUCCGUUACAAUGCAGAGAAGAAGAAAGUGGGGAACUACUACACCACGCCAAUCUACAGGUUCAGGAUGAAGUGCCACCUGUGUGUCAACUACAUUGAGAUGCAGACAGAUCCGGCGACCUGCGACUACGUGAUAGUGAGCGGGGCACGCCGGAAAGAGGAGCGGUGGGACAUGGCUGAAAAUGAGCAGAUCCUCACCACAGAGCGGAACGAGAAGGAGAAGCUGGAGACGGACGCCAUGUACAAGCUGGACCAUGGUGGGAAAGACAAGGAAAAGCUUAGAAAGGCUCUGCCCUCUCUGUCGGAGAUCCAGGACCACCAGUCUGGCUGGAAGGACGACUUCCAGCUCAACAGCACCCUCCGCAGGAAGUUCAGGACCGAGAAGAAGGUUCAGUCUGAGCAGGAGGAGAAGGACAACGCAGUGAGGAUGAGGACGAACCUGUCCAUCCCUCUGCUGCCAGAGAAGGAGGAGGAUAAGAAACUGGCAGCACUACUCACCUACCAGGCACCUGACUCCUACGAGGACAAGAAGCACAGCAAGCGGAGAGAGAUCUCCUCUCGUUCAUGGUUCAACUCCACCUCGGCCACGCCAGGCGGCGCCGCAGGCAGCCUGCUCCAUAAGCUGGGCCUGCAGGGGAAAGAAGUGGCGGUGGCCAAAGCCCUCAGCUCCUCACACAGCCCGCUGAUCCGCAAACGCACGGGAGGACUCGGAGCCAAAACCGAACCCUGCGCCACCAUCACCCGCAGGAAGUCCGACCCCGGAGUCAGCAUGUGUGACGGAGAGGUUUCAAAGGUCGCUAAGACGAAGGAAGGCUCAAAUACAGCGGUUAGACCAACACGAGCGGGUCGGGAAGUAGCAGAGACAAACGACAGUGUUAAAACCACAGAGGAAGUGGAUAAGGGAUCCGUAAAGGCAGAGGACUUUGAGAAGGAGCGGGACAGAAGCAGAGGAGCAGUCACGUCCCUGGUGGCAGAUUACAGCGACUCGGAUUCAGACCCUGGACAAUGAGGCUGUUCUCCACACAAGAGUUUAAUGGGACAGUUUCUGUUUUCAAUGGAUGGAGGUCAUUAAGUCCAUGUGUCAUUUUGUGAGAAUGAAACACAAGCGGGAGAUGUUCAUCACAGCUGCGCUUGUUAUAACCUGCCACUUUUCACAGAUUUUAAUUUGAAGCCGCAGGUCACCGUGUGUCAUGUGACGACACGAUGACUUCAGUUCAAGUAUUGUAUUGGAUCCAUGUGAAAACACUUUAUUGAAAUUCUGUUUUCUGGUGAGAAAACUGAGAAACUUUGGAAAAUUAAAUGUAAAAUACUGUUAAAUUCUGUUUUAUUUCUUGUUAUGUACCUUGUGUUUUUGGGUCAGUAAUUGUUCCACUAUCUUAUAACAUCCAGUGGUGAAUGGCAGGGUUCGCAUUCAGACCAGGAAUCAAAGAAGCUGCCAUUUUUAGACUGACUGUCAGAAAUCAUUCAGUAAGAAAAUCCAUAAUGAGUAUCACCAGUCGUUUUGAGUAAUGACUUCAGGAAUCACAGGAACAGUAUCCUUCUGUUUUAAAUCACCGGGGUGUAAGAUUUAGUGAGAUCCCCCUGAAUCCUACACACCGGUCCUUUUUAAGCAAAUUUCUCUUUGUCAUUGCUUUUAUUCGAUUUCAUGCAGUUCGUUUUGUAGUGUAGUAACGUAGGCACACUAAAAGAAAGUGUUUACACUAAAAAAAGUAAAUUCCUGCAGUUACAUUUAUGUUUUUACCAAGAUUCAUGUUUCAGUUUCAUCAUGUUGGUUUAUGCUUUUUUUACCAUGAAGCUUUGUUGUUUGUUGUGCAGACGCCACUGAGACCUUUGGACAUUUGUUCACAGAUCAAUUCUUUAAAAACUUUUAAGCCGGACUUGAUAAAGAUUUUCAAAGACAGCAGCUCAAAUCUCCACUGACAAUCUGACUGCACAGGGUUUUUAUUUAAGUUUUGAAAUGGUCUUUAAUGCAACACUUCACUGUUUAACUUUUAACUUUUAAUUUGUCUUAUUUAUUUAUAAUUUGUUUAGAAUACUUCACUUUUGGAAAUAAUAUAGUAGAGUUGAUUAAAGUACUUUAGGUUUAGUGUUUUCUCUUUGGAACAGUGACAGUCGGAGUCGAUUUGGCUUAAAAUUGGCCAAAACCAACAAAAGAGAAAGCUCCUUCCGUGAUACAGCGAGUGAUACGUAAAAAUUAAACUUCUUAAUGCCAAAUCUUUGCGAACCCUCGUGAUUUGGGAGCAGAUCCACGUUUGUUGGCCAACAAGUCUGCAGUUUGUUAGUGUCUCUGUUGAGUGUUAUUGAUCGGAAAACGUCCCCCCUCCUCUUUCUGUUGACUGCACAGUAUCUGAUGAGUUAGGAGAGGAGGAGGAGGAGGAGGAGGGGUGGGGGUUGGGAUGUGGUAGCUGACCGUCUCUCUCCGGUGGCCACAGUCCACUCAGACUCCAGGUGAGUCAACAUGGGUCAGUGGAGGCUGCACAACAUUUUACUUCUCUUGCUUCUCUGCAAAUCCAAUGCACAGUUUGACAGUUUGAGAAGGUAACCCGCGUCACUUCUCCUCCUUUCUUUGUUUAUAUCCGAUAUCUUCAGUUUUCUUUACUAAUGAAGCUGUGUUCUUUACAGAGGGUCCUGGCGUAACAGGUAUGUAAGAUGUGUAUGAGUGCAGAGAGAUCAUUUAUGCAGUUGCAACCUUUCGUGUCUUUAACACAAGUUAUUAUUUCUGAAUCUGCCCCCAGAGCUGUAUCCCUUAAUGAAUACCUUGGUCUCAGGGAGUAAGUAACCAAGGCUUCACGCGUCUUAACAGAACUUUCAGAUUGAAUGUGUUUAAUUCACCACUGCAUCAAUUCAGUUUUGCUUGAACAAACAAUUUAAAAGGGUUUGACCAACUGAUUUUUGCUGGACGAUGCCGAUUCUGAAAAUUUUCGACUGAUCUUCAUGGUGGCUGCUUUUAUAAUUUUUCCUUCGAUUUUCAGAUUUCAACCGAAAAUAUAUUUUCUCUAGUAAAAUCCUGAGUAAUGAUUUUGUUGUUGCUGUGGGAUCAAUGACACACAUACACUGAGUGUGACAGAACAGAUUAAAUACUACUAAAAACA